CCGGGGCGGAGGGCGCGCUAGGGCCGGGCUGAGUCCCCCCCUCCCAGCCUGCGCGGGCGGCUCGGCCGGGGGGAUCCGCUCGGCCUGGGGGCCAGGGGGGCAUGGCCGGGGCUGCCGCCCGCUGAAUGUGCCCGGGGAGGCGCCGCCGGGCAUGGGGAGCCGGGAGCGGGGCGGGCGCUGCUGCUAGCGGGGAGCUCGGCUCCGAGCGACCCCCCCACCUUCCCUCCCUCCCCGCGUCUUCCGCACAGCCGGGCGGCCUCCCAGCCUGCCUAGGCUAUGUGCCUUCCAAGCGUCUUUUCCACUAGCGUUUGCAAAUGAAAAUGGAGGAAAUGUCUUUGUCUGGCCUGGAUAACAGCAAGCUGGAGGCCAUCGCUCACGAGAUUUACACGGACCUGGUCGAAGACGCCUGCCUGGGGCUCUGCUUCGAGGUGCAUCGGGCAGUCAAGUGCGGUUACUUCUUCCUGGACGACACGGACCCCGACAGCAUGAAGGAUUUCGAAAUCGUGGACCAGCCCGGCGUGGAUAUCUUCGGCCAGGUCUACAACCAGUGGAAGAACAAGGAGUGCGUGUGUCCCAACUGCAGCCGCAGCAUCGCUGCCUCCCGCUUCGCCCCCCACCUGGAGAAGUGCCUGGGGAUGGGCCGGAACAGCAGCCGGAUCGCCAACAGGAGGAUCGCUAGCAGCAACAACAUGAACAAAUCCGAGAGCGACCAAGAGGACAACGACGACAUCAACGAUAACGACUGGUCCUACGGCUCGGAGAAGAAAGCAAAGAAGAGGAAAUCCGAUAAGAACCCCAACUCGCCCCGGAGAUCGAAAUCCUUAAAACACAAAAAUGGGGAGCUCAGCGGGAACUCGGAUCCCUUUAAGUACAGCAACUCCUCUGGAAUCAACUACGAAACGCUGGGUCCCGAGGAGCUCCGCUCGUUGCUCACCACGCAAUGUGGGGUGAUCUCCGAACACACCAAGAAGAUGUGCACCAGGUCUCUGCGCUGCCCCCAGCAUACAGACGAGCAGCGGAGGUCAGUCAGGGUCUACCUCCUUGGACCCUCUGCCUCGCUCCCGGAAGCAGAGGGCAGCGUGGAAAACGAGGGCUUUGACGUGGCGGAGAGCCAGGCCAUCAUGAGCCGGCUGCAGUGGGACGGCUCCUCGGACAUCUCGCCCUCCGACUCGGCCUCCUCGAAAGCGAGUACGAACAACUCGGAGUCGCGUAAAACCAAAAAGAAGAAGCCGCACCUGAGCCUGGUGGGGGGCACGCCGGGGCUCAGCUCCAGCAAGAAGAAGAAACCCAAACCGCCCGCGCCCCCCACCCCUAGCAUCUACGACGACAUCAACUGAGGGGCGGGGGCGGCCGGCGGCCCCUGCGCCGGGCCUGUCCUGACUCUGAUCGCACCCGGGGGAGCCGGGCGACGCCUCUUACCCCCUGCGCCAUUGACUGACGAGAGAGGCCCCGUCUCUGGGAAUCGGACGGCGCGGGUGCAGGGGGCACCUGGCUCCAGGAGGGGGUGCUGUGGAGCUGGAGGACGUCACUGCCUGUGGGGAUGGGGGGGCAUGGCUGACAUGUCCCUUCCCCCACGUCUAUUUAUUCUGUGAUUUUUACUGGAUGUCCAAUCAUGACUAUAUGGUGACGUCUGUCGCUUGGCAACACUAGAGACGGGUGUGUGUGGCGGGGGGGGGGACCGAGCGGAUCCCACCCUGGGCCUGGAAGGGAGGCAGUGGAGAGGAGGGGUGCGGGAGCCAGGCCGUGCCAGCCUUGCAGCCCCCCUGCCUGCUCUCCCCGCCGAGCUGAGAAGUUGGGGGAUCUGAGGGGAGGAGAAGGCCCCAAGCCUUGUCCCUGCUGGCCUCUGAGGAGCAGCUGGUACAAGGGUCCGUGCCAGGGGCCCAGGGCCUCUGCUUUCCUUCCCUUUUACUUCUGUCAUGUGACUUCUGGCCGGGCCGGGAUUUGGCAUUUGGGGGGGGGUUGUUUCCUCCUUCCUUCCGCCCCCAGGUGGGGAGGGGGCUGGCGGGUGCCAGGUCAGCGCGCCAGAGCGGAGGGGGUGAUCUGAUGUCUCUGCUGUGGCCUGCUCUCCCCGCAGGGCGGUGGCCGCGUGCCAGCCUUGCUCUGGGCGGGUACUCGCUGGUCGGGCACCUGUCGGGGCGCUGUGUGAGGACUGCGGGGUACGGGGAGGCUGGGUGGUGACACAUUCCCGUGGGGUCCCCCUCAGCCGGCUGCACCUCCUGGCAUGGGGAAGUGCCCUGGCUGGGCUUGCGGCUGCUUGGCUCCGUGGUGUUGCUGGCGCUUGUUCUGCCAGAGGGGCGAGGCUGCUGUGCCGGAGGGGGCGUACACGCCUGCUGGGGGGCAGGGGGUCCCAUCACCGUGCUCUGCCUUGCCUAGUGUUGCCCUGGGGCUCCCAUCGUACCCUGUGAUUGGAGGGAGCUGCUGGCCGGGGAAAUGUUGGGACCCUCCUGCCGCUGCUACAGUGGAAGGUGGCAGUGGGGCCUUGCUGGGCUCUUUGCCGGGCCAGUGUUCUCGCUCCCCGCACGGCACCGGUCUCUGAGCAGCGAGGCUGGUGCUGGAACGAUUCACUGCUUUAAAAACAAACUGGGGGGGGAAUCCCCAACUGGGGGAGAGUUUAGCCCCCUCCCCCUUUCCUGCCUCCCAUCUCCCCUCCCCCUGAGCUUUCGGAGGGGACGAGUGAGUGCCCACUGAAUCACGUUGCUUGGGCUGCUCUUUGCUAGAGACAAGCUCCUUCCCCCGCACACUCUGAACGUGCUAAGUGUGGUCCAGGCCCCAUUUUCAGGGCAGGACCCCCCCCCUUCCCCUCCCAAGGACACAUGGUGCUUCCUGCUGACUUGGAAAACCGAAUGCUUCAAUUUUGGAGGUGUCUUUAUUUUCCUCUCAUCGCUGGGUGGCCCCUCUGGGCUUCUGAUCUUCCUGGGGCUUGUCACCAGGAACCAGACCCCGAGUGGGCUUCUCCUGCUGGUCUUGUGGGUCUUCUCCUGUCUGUCUUGAAUUUUCCAUCUCUGCAACUCUCAGCCAGCUGGGCCGUGCCGCCCGUGCGUGCAGAGCAAACCUCCCAGGGGACGGAGACCCGAGCCGGCUCCUUUUUGUUUCUUCUAGGCCUUGCUGUGAUUUUUGUUGGUGCGGUCGGGGGAAGCAUUCAAGUGGUGGUUGGCUUCUGAGCCUUUUGCUAAUGGUGACAAGCGGUGGUGCGGGCCUGCUCGCAGAGAACCUCUCUGUCCUGCAGGUGGCAGCGUGCGUGCGUGCGUGAGUGAGGCUGUAUCCGGGUGUCUUGCAGGUUCCAUCAGCAUCUGAAAACCUCCAGGUUUCUCCUUUGCUUUGCCGUUGGAGCCAUGGCACUCGGCCAGCCCUCUCGUGCGUGCUGCUCUGCUCUGCACUGGAGGGGCCAGUGGGGUGCCCUCAAUGAAAGGGCGGGAACCCAAGGGCAUCCUUUUGAGCAGAGCUUUCAUGCAGCGCUAGCUGCUUGGUCACGGUGAGGGCUGCAUCUUGAUGUUACAGGUCAAGGCAGACCCGGUGCACACCCCUAGAUUGAGAGCGGCCCCCUGGUUUUAGAGAGGGGGAGUGGAAGGAGGCACCUCUGACACUCAGCAGAUGUGUGUGGCACAGGGCCAUGUGCCUCGGCUGCAGUCGGAGGCGGCCAGUGGCCUGCAUAGGUGUGUGCUCUGCCCAUUGUGGUUCUGGUCUCGCUACAUCUUCCUUCUGUUCCGUGGGUCGCUCCCUGCGAAGGGGGACAGGGGGAGGGGGUGUGCAGACCCAGCCUUUCCCAUGCAGCGUUUCUUGGCUCGUCAGUACAAUCUCCAAGCGCCCGAGGCGCCGAUCGGCUGUAAGUGGCCCAGAACGUCUGCUCCAGAUUGCCGCGGCCUCGUCACAAAGGUGAAAAUGGCUAAACCCUGAGCAGUGGCUCUGCUGGCUGGCAAAUAGGAACUGAGGCCCAUAGUGCGAACAGCCUUGCUGAUUCCCUGGCUAAGGUAACUUAUGAAAUGCACCUGUCUGACCCUAGGAAACCUCUGUUCUGAGCUAGACUCUGACCUGUGCUCCCUUGUCUGUCUCCUAAACUCCUGCCAUUACAUAUUUAGAAGGCUGGCUCUGGCUGCAGAGAAUAGGCCUCCGGGGAAGGGGAAGGGCACUAAGGGAGGGGAGAGGAAUCCCCCCAAGUUAGGUGUCCAUUUGGGCUUGCGUGCAGGUAGGUUAAUCAAGUUGCCUCUUCAUCCCAUGCCCUUCUUGGGGGAGGGAAGGAGUCUAGUUUUUAAUCUAGGGUAAAAAUCAUGCUAGUCUUGGUGGAUGAAUUUAUGAAAGGGGUGGCAGAGAUUCAGGGUGUGAGCUGGAGGCAGGUGUCACACACACAAGCAUUUGACCCUGUGGACUGGGUGCUGACCUGCAGUGCCCUCUGCUAGUGAGUCCAACACCCCCUUGGACAGGGUGUGCCAGGACCAUAUGGGGGGCUCGGAGCUUCAGAAUGACAGGGUUGCCUGUGUGUCCCUAUGAACUGCUUUGCGAGUGUGUGGGAUUGGGUUGUCCCCUACAACCGGCUCUCUCCUCCAGCUGGCUAGUCUUAGUGGAGGUGAUCACUGCACCUCGUUUGCUGCUUGUACAAGGGAACAGUGUAGCCCUCCCUCCCUUUGAGCUAUGCAGCUUCUCCAGCUCAGAGCCACUCAGCCACAGUCUCCAGUUUGUCUCCUGGCUUAUGGUCAUUUUAAGCCCUGCCUGCUGGUGCACCUGCACGGGGUGUCCGAGCUCUCUCUGGAUGUGGUUGACGUCUCUUUACAUGUUGUCUUUCCAGUCGAUGUAGCUGCAGGCUCCUCGCACCACUGCGGCUUCGAGUGGAAGCGAUGCUGCUAGCUUUGGGGCAUAGCUGCAUGGGGCUCCUACAUGCAAUUCUGAAUCAAGCAUCUCUAGCCGCUGUCGUUUGCCCCGAGCCGGGACUCCUAAAAGGAUCAUUUCCGUGGCAUCUGGGCUUGUCAACAGUAGGAACAAUACAACCUUGAGGGUCCAGGCCUGGACCGCUCUCCUGCAGCGCCAGUGUGUUGCUCUAGCUCUUUCGGUGGAAGGAAGGAAGUCCACUCCGCUGUAAUACCACGUCGGCAGCGGGGUCUGGGACAGGACGGAGCAGGCUUUUCCCUCUAGGCUUAAACUGCUUGUUGCUGAUGUGUGUCGUGUGGGUCACUACAGCACAGUGCGUGGAAGGCAAGUGGAUAGUGGAGGGUUAAUAUCGUUGUCCUGCACAGCAUCUUAAAAUAACCUGCCUAAUUGGUGGGACUAAAACCCUUCCUGCAGAGAAGGACCGUGGUAGUUCUAAGCGUGGCUGCACGUCUACCUCCUCAGUUUGAUAGUAAAUUACCCUGCCUCGGUGGCUACCAUGGAGGUGUACCAGAACAUUGCGGACAGGAACCGCUUGAGUCCUGCAACUUCAGAAAGCCAGACCCAAGAGAAAACAACCCAAAGGAGCCCAGGCUGCACCCAGGACUGCAGCUGCUGGUGGAAAUCCUUGGGAAGCACAGCUGCAUUCGAGUUUUACGUGCAGCUGCCGAGAGAGUGAUCCAGGCUGCUUGGUUUUUUUCUUAAUCACAGGCUCUGUAUCACCCCCCCCCCCCGUCCCCUUUUUUUAAUUUUUUUUUUAUUUGUAAGGUAAGCCUGCUUCACUUGAAACCCUGCGUUCUAUCAUGAUACUGGUCAUGAGGAGGGUUUUAAUUGGUAAUGAUAUAAAAACCUGCACCCGUGACUUCCCAUUUGUGUCCCUCAACCCAGCUGUCAGGGUGUGGGAAAUGACACAGGUGGUGAUCACAUGGGGGAAGGUGGGGUAAGUACUGUACUGUGGUCUUGAAAUUUUUAUUUUUGCAUAUGUAAUCCAGCCUGUACAGGUAGUUCCAGCUUUGUAAAAUCUGUGUAUUCCCCUUAGUGGAUUGUGGCUGCCCCUGUAAAUAAAAUGCAUCUUGACUUGG